GAUCCUGUAGAACAAUGACGCUGGUUUUCCAGUGAUCUGAUUGGUCAGUAGUUGGAUUGGUGACUGGUUUUGAUCUCUUUAAAAUCCUCGAAAUCUGCAUAUCCUGCUUCAUGACACAGGACUGGCUCAGGAAACCGUGAAAAUGGCGCAGCCGGACAGCAAGAAGAUCUUCUUCGAGAACCUGUCGGGAGCGGGGAAAGCCAUCGCGGUGCUGACGAGCGGAGGAGAUGCUCAAGGGAUGAAUGCUGCUGUACGUGCCGUGGUUCGAAUGGGGUUAUAUGUGGGUGCAAAAGUGUACUUCAUUCAUGAGGGAUAUCAGGGUAUGGUGGACGGCGGGGAGAACAUAAAGGAAGCCACAUGGGAAAGUGUCUCCAGCAUGCUACAAGUGGGCGGGACGGUUAUCGGCAGUGCCCGCUGCAAAGAGUUUCGCAGUCACGAGGGACGUCUGAAGGCCGCUCACAACCUGGUGCAGCACGGCAUCACCAACCUUUGCGUGAUCGGCGGAGACGGCAGCCUGACGGGAGCCAACCUCUUCAGGGAGGAAUGGAGUGGACUGCUGACGGAGCUGGUGGAGCAAGGUUCGAUCGAGGCCGAUGCUGUUCAGAAGUACUCGGCCCUGCACAUCGUGGGGAUGGUUGGCUCCAUUGAUAACGACUUCUGUGGGACUGACAUGACAAUCGGCACAGACUCGGCUUUGCACAGAAUCAUCGAGGUGGUGGACGCGAUCAUGACGACCGCACAGAGUCACCAGAGGACCUUUGUGUUGGAGGUCAUGGGCAGACACUGUGGCUACCUGGCCCUGGUGAGCGCCCUGGCUUGUGGGGCAGACUGGGUGUUGAUCCCAGAGAUGCCCCCAGAGGACGGAUGGGAGGAUAAGAUGUGUCAAAAACUGUCUGCGAACCGAGCAGGGAUGAAAAGGCUGAAUAUCAUAAUUGUAGCCGAAGGUGCGAUUGAUCAUAAGAACAAGCCCAUUACCACUGACUAUGUUAAGGAUCUUGUUGUCAAAUGUUUGGGUUUCGACACGCGGGUGACGAUUCUGGGCCAUGUGCAGAGAGGAGGGACCCCGUCUGCUUUUGACCGCAUCCUGGCCAGUCGUAUGGGUGUGGAGGCUGUUCUUGCCCUUCUAGAGACCACAGCCAACACGCCAGCCUGCGUCGUCUCUCUGUGCGGUAACCAAUCGGUGCGCCUGCCUCUGAUGGAGUGUGUACAGAUGACUCAGGAGGUCCAGAAGGCCAUGGAUGAGAAGCGGUUCGAGGAGGCUGUUAAGCUUCGGGGCAGGAGUUUUGAAAACAACCUGAAGACAUACAAACUCCUGGCUCAUCGUAAACCAGAAUCCGAACUGCCAACUAGCAACUUCAAUGUGGCAGUGCUGAAUGUCGGCGCCCCUGCAGCGGGAAUGAACGCUGCCGUCCGCUCAGCCGUCAGGGUGGGCAUCUCUGAGGGGCACAAGAUGUUCGCUGUCAGUGAUGGGUUUGAGGGAUUCUACAAGGGACAGAUUAAGGAGAUUAAAUGGGCUGAUGUUGGAGGAUGGACAGGACAGGGUGGAUCUCUACUGGGAACCAAAAGAACUCUUCCUGCAAAGUAUGUCGACAAAAUUGCUGAGCAGAUGCGAGAGAACAACAUAAAUGCACUGCUAAUUAUCGGUGGAUUUGAGGCGUUUGAGAGUCUGCUGCAGCUGUGUGAGGCUCGCGCUGCCUAUGAGGAGUUUUGCAUCCCGAUGUGUAUGCUGCCUGCCACCAUAAGUAACAAUGUGCCGGGCACAGAUCUAAGUAUCGGGGCAGACACGGCCCUCAAUGCCAUCGUGGAGACUUGUGACCGCAUCAAGCAGUCGGCCAGUGGGACCAAGAGACGCGUGUUCAUCAUCGAGACCAUGGGAGGCUACUGUGGCUACCUGGCCAGUGUCGGGGGCCUGGCUGCUGGAGCGGAUGCUGCUUACAUCUAUGAGGAGCCAUUCGACAUCAGAGACCUGCAGGCCAAUGUUGAACAUCUGACAGAGAAAAUGAAGACGAGCAUUCAAAGAGGACUGGUCCUCAGGAAUGAGAACUGUAGUGAAAACUACACAACAGACUUCAUCUACCAGCUGUACUCUGAAGAAGGGAGGGGAGUGUUUGACAGCAGGAAGAACGUGCUGGGACACAUGCAGCAGGGAGGAGCGCCGUCUCCAUUCGACCGCAACUUUGGGACUAAGAUCUCUGCCAAGGCGAUGCAGUGGAUUACAAAGAAGCUGGUUGAGUCAUUCAGAAAAGAUGAAGGCCGAGUGUUCGCCAACACCGAGGACACGUGCUGUCUGUUGGGGAUGCGUCGCAGGGCUCUGGUCUUCCAGCCGGUCGUACAACUCAAGGGGGACACUGACUUUGUUCACAGGAUCCCCAAGGAGCAGUGGUGGCUGAAGCUGCGUCCCCUCAUGAAGAUCCUGGCUAAGUACAAGACGAGCUACGAUGUCUCAGACUCCGGACAGUUGGAGCACGUCGUACGCAACCGACCCAGAGAGUCGGACGCUUCGGUAGCCAUGUGAGAGGCCUGCAAAGGGCCGUCUUUGUGUUGAGAGUGGACGUUGUGUGUGCGGCGUCAGUUUGCGUGUUGCAAAAGAGCUUCUGUAACAACGUCAACCAGCCGUGUUCAUUCCCCCGUCUGUGUCCUUACCCUUUCUGUCACCGCUCUCUGUUUUUGUCUUGACGGACUCAUGAAGUGUAAACUCUAGCCUCUGCAGCGCUCCCAAUACCAGGCACACACGUGUACGCUUGCACACACAGUACACACACACACACACACGUCCUGCCAUGCACCCGUGUGUCCCAUGUGGCCCCGGAUGUUUAGUGUCACCCUUGUUUUCAAAUUGCACUUUCCCUGUCUCCAGUCGCAGGAGGACAGAAAAUACACUAUCUGCUGUAAAAAACAGUGUGUGUGUGUGUUUCUGCCUAGAACCAGUGUGAGGUUCAGCAUAUUUAAGUCGGACUGACGCGGUACAGUUCUACUGCCGCAAGUCCAGAGAACUGCAUGCUGUGCUUCACACGGAAACUAAUAUUUAUCUUUUUAACAUGAUUUAUUAUUUUGCUUGUAAACAUAGAUAUAUUAACUGUCGGCACUGCUGCACUGAGUAGCGGUCUGUCAAACUGCACCAACAAGUUAGAUGUGUAAGAGACUGUAUUGUUUCCCACAGAUUAAAACCAAACUUGAGAAGUGUACCCUG